AUGUCGCCGUCGCCAGACAGGGACAGCCGCGAGCGGCCACAGAGAUCGUCUCGCCAGAGAUCUCCAGACCACAGACAACACGAACGAAGGCGCCACGACCGGAGCAGAGAACGCCCCAGAACUCACGACGACACCCGCAGACGAAGAUCUCCUCGCAGAAGCAGCCACAGAGAUGGACAACAUGGCGACGAAGAGCGAGACGAGCAGCCCAGAAGACGCACAGAGCGCUCAGGCAGCAUAGAGGGAGCUCGCAGUAGCAGGAGGCAUAGGAGCCGCGAAAGAGAUGACGAGCACCGUCGCAGGCGACACCGUGAUCACCACAGGCAGCACGACGGCGAUCGCGAUCGCGAUUCAACUCAGCGUGACCACCGUCCAGGAUCUCGCUCGCGAGACCGGAGAGAACGUCGCAGUCGCUCGCCGCAAGCAGCCCCCGUGCGGUCGCGCGGCCCGUUGCCAUCGCAGAACGACGCAUUCCAAUCCACAGACGAACCCAAAGACGGCACACCGGUGGUUGAGAAGGAGAAGCCCAAUUUCACGAAUACAGGGCGGCUAGCCGCUGAAAGCAAUACUGUCACUGUCAAUGGCGGUUCUGUUGUUUUGAAAUAUCACGAGCCAGCGGAAGCACGCAAGCCACCGGCCAAGGACGACUGGCGGCUCUACGUCUUCAAGGGCGACGAUUUACUGGAGAUGGUGGGACUGAAUGAACGAAGCUGCUGGCUUAUCGGCCGGGAAAAAAUGGUGGUUGAUUUUUCGAUUGAGCACCCAAGCUGCUCAAAGCAGCAUGCCGCCAUCCAGUUCCGCUACUUGGAGAAGAAAAACGAGUUUGGAGACAAGACAGGACGGGUUCGGCCAUAUCUUAUUGAUCUGGAGAGCGCGAAUGGGUCCAUGGUGAAUGGGGAUGCGGUGCCUGGGGGGCGAUACAUCGAAUUGCGGGACAAGGAUGUUUUGAAAUUUGGACAGAGCUCAAGAGAGUACGUGCUGAUGUUGUCGACGGAGUGA